AUGGAAAGUGGUGAAGCGUCGCGCCAGGAAUACGCGCCCUCGCCUCGUCCGCUCAACGAUUUCGACAUGGCUGGCACGCGUUUUAAAGAGUUAAAUGAUAGCUAUGCGCAGACGCGUAGCGAACGUAUUCGUGCAGCGAUGUUCCCGGACUUAUGCGGCGAUGCAUCCACUCAUCCGCCACCACCCAGCCGCUCGAGCAUUGUUACAAGUUUAUCGGAACCAAGCCAGCUUCUCACAACCGCUGUUAUCGAAUUGCUCAGUCUUCAGGAUGAGACCGAACUAACCACGAAAGCAAUCCCCGAGCUCGUCAAAUUACUGUCCGAUAAGGAUGAGGUAUAA